AUGAAUACUUUAUUAAUAAUCGCCUUAUUAUGGGUUGCAGUCACUGCCGACUACAGUAUUGAAGAUUAUAAAGCCGUUAGAGAUUCUUCACGUAAUUUCACGGGUAAAGUGAUCUUGGUGACUGGAUCCAGUUCCGGUAUAGGGGAGGGUAUCGUAAAAUUGAUGUCCAUAUUAGGUGCCAAAGUGGUGGUCACCGGUACUACGGAUGCAAAGGUUAAAGCGGUUGCCAAAGAGUGUGAAGACCUAUCGCCCUAUAAACUAAAGCCCCUCGAAGUGGUCGCAGAUCUGACCAAAAGUGAUGACUUGAAUCGUGUGAUCGCAGAGACGGUGAAGACUUUCGGAAGACUCGAUGUUUUGGUGAAUAACGCAGGGAUUCGGUCACAACUGACCACUAUUUUGCAGACCGAUGUCAUGAAGGCCUGGGAUCAGCUCUACUCCCUUGACCUCAGGGCUGUCGUAGAGCUCACACAU